AAAAAAAUCCAGUGCAAAUAUAUGGUCCGAGUGCUUAAUGAUUCCGUGAUACUGACUGCGAAAGAGGUUCGGUGAAUCCAAAACCAGGAUGAUACGCAUGCGUGAAGUCCGCUUCGGGCGUGCAACGAGCGAACGCGGCAGAACACGGUCACGUUUGUGUGUGUCGCCAUCGAUCCACGUUACGCGCUCCGAAACCUCGUCGGCCGCCGUCGUUGCGGCGAACCGCCUCACCAUGCAACCACCGCCGAGGAAGAGUAACUACACGAAAUUUCUGAAAAAUCUCCAUACUGAGCAAAUUGCAAAACUUCACGCGAAGAAUCAACAUGAAUGUGAUUUGCUUGAAGAUCUUCGCAGUUACACCAUCAAACGUUCAGCCAUUGAGAAAUCGUACUCCGAGGCUUUGUUGAAAAUAUCAUCGGCAUAUCUAAACAAAAAAAUACCAAAUAUUCCCGAUCUAAAAUUCGACGGAGCAGAGGAGAAAUGGAACAUGUGGAAUGUCUGGCGUACCGUGCUUGAGGAAAACGAAAAGCUGGCCCGGGCGAGAUUGGCUGCUGUCGAAGUUUUUCAACAGCAGAUAGCUGACGAAGCCAAGGGGCUUCGGCAACAUAAACUUAACGUCGCGAAAAAGUGCACCGACUCGCUGGCACAAGCACAUAAAGAGCUCCAGUUAACUGUUUUGGACGUGGAUAAGACUAAAAAACUGUACUUCGACGAAGAGCACACUGCUCACGAUGUCAGAGACAAGGCUAAGGACAUCGAAGAAAAAUUAAAAAAGAAAAAGGGUUCGUUCUUUCAAUCGAUAACUUCAUUGCAAAAGAAUAGCGCGAAGGUUUCAUCUCGUCGAGACCAACUGGAGGAAAAGUCAACUGGUGCGAGAAAUGAUUACCUUCUUAGCAUCGCCGCUGCAAAUGCGCAUCAAAAUCGAUAUUUCUUGGUCGAAUUACAAACAUGCAUGCAAAGUAUGGAGUCAUCUGUAUACGAGAAGGUUUCCGAAUUCCUCACCCUGAUGGGACGCACUGAACUACUUACUUGUUCAGCCACUCAACACUCGUUCGGAAAAAUCAGAGAUCAAGCACAACAGCUGACACGUGAAUACAAUCUGCAAUGUCUUUAUUUAUAUUAUCCUGUGUUGAAACAGCACAUCCAGUAUGAUUUUGAGCCAUGCGACAAUGAUCCGAUUGACGCCGUUACCAUGGAGCACGAAUCCGUUACUCAGACUCUCGCGCAAGAAGCUCGUAGAUGGGCAACACGUGUAGUUAGAGAGACUGCCUUAGUGAGAGAUGCUACUCGUAAGCUAAAUCUUUACCAAGCUAUGCGAGAUGCGGGACAAAAGGUUGAUCCUAAUGACCCCAAUGGUCCUGAGCUCGAAGUCCGUAUGGAUGAGUUGAGAUCUAACAUUCGACGAUCGGAGACAUCUAAAGCAAAGUAUGAGGCUAGGCUGGAAUGCCUUCGCAGCAGUGGUGCCGCAGUAGAUGAAUGGCUUAAAGAAAUUGAUUUGCUUGCUGUACAAGAAACUUUGCCACGCAGCAGCAGCCUACUUAGUGUCCGUACCGAUGCAUCGGGUGCAGCUGAUCAACCAAGUUCAGACUCAUUCUAUGACAGUGAUAACACCGAAGGAGAGGCACCGACUACUUCAGCUGUGGCUAGUACUUCUGGAGGACAUCAGCGUACGACAUCUGGUUCACAAAAUGAAGACGAACAAGAUGAAGAUGUUGACGCUGCAUUGGAAGAAGAGCGUAUGCGUAUUGAACAACUUACCAUUGGUUGGGAUGAUCCUACUCAGGUAAAUUGGGGUGAACCAGAAGCUGAAUCUACUCCUCCACAGACUGCAGAAACACCGGCGCCUUCGCUGUAUAAGUGUACUGCGUUGUAUUCUUACACUGCUCAAAAUCCUGAUGAGUUGUCAAUCAUUGAAAACGAACAACUGGAGGUAGUUGGCGAAGGAGACGGCGAUGGUUGGCUUCGAGCACGUAACUAUCGUGGAGAAGAAGGAUAUGUGCCUCACAACUAUCUUGAUGUUGACCGAGAACAGCCUACGAGUGCCCCGGGUUUGGUUGCGCAAAUAUCUUUCUCGUCUGUGGACUAUACAGUUGAAGGAGAAGAUGCUGAUGUUGUACAAUCUCCUGAUCAAAUAUCAGUAAUAUCUGCACCGGCUGCUAAACCUGAGGAACCUAAAGUAGAGCCGAAAGUUGAAGAACCGCCGAAAGUAGAGCCCGAAGUAAAACCAGAAUCAUUGCCAACGCUUGGAUAUUGUUUCUCAUUAUACGAUUAUGACGCUGAAGCUUCAGAUGAAUUGAAUCUGGAAGAAGGACAGAUAAUUCGUAUCGUUUCACGGGACGCCCAUGACGUAGACGAUGGUUGGUGGCGCGGUGAAGCCAAUGGAGUGAUCGGUAACUUCCCAUCGCUUAUAGUCGAAGAAUGUGAUGAGAAUGGUGAACCGCUAAGUGGUGUUGAUGAUGAUUGGACACCACCAGACUCGGCUCCACCCGUGUUUGCUUCGCCACCUGAAUCGCCUUCGGCCGGAUUUAACGAAGAAAUGAUCUUCAAUGAAAACAACAAUACUAAGAAUGCUGCUCCUCCUGCGGACCCGCCACCACCUCCACCGGCCGACAUGGGUGACUCCAUGGACAGCCAACCCGACUUCAGCUUUAACCUAGAACUUAGUAGGAACCAACAUGAACAAUAUGAUACACAAUUCAUAGGCCCACUACCUUCGGGCGCCCCACCCAUCACCAUCGUAGUCGAUGAGGUUGUCAGUGAAAUAUUUGAGGAGGAGGAAGUGGAGGACUUGCCACCCGUACCACAGCCGAAACCUGCGCCACCACAAGUUGAAAUCACAAGCGAGGAUUGUGGGCUCGGCGUAGCACAAAUUGUAAUCACGGCCGCUACACCCAUGAUAGAAGAGCCCGAACAACCCUUCCCCCCACCGGAGACCUGUCCCAAACCAGAACCCGAUGCGCAGCCCGAGUCGCAGCCAGAGGAACCGCAGCCUCUAGAAGACAACGAAGACGAAGAAUCAUCUUUGUCCGAACAGACAGCUGUCUGUUUACGCGAUUCAGAAGAGGGCCAUGCUGACUCUGCACCCCACCCGGCCUCAAGUUCGACGGCUUCCGAGGGUGAUUCGACGGGUGCCUCUGUAGCUUCGGGUCCCCCUACCGCCCCUCAAUCCCCCCCUGCGGCUCCCCGCGCCGGUCGAGCUUCUAUCCCAGACGAACUCGAGCCAGCACAACUAGCGAGGCUCACCGAUCUUAAAGAAUCCAAUGCCUAGGCCUAUUGCUUUGACUGAAGAUAAGCAAUCUGUUUAGAAACCAUGCCUUCGUAGUAUUCUUCUUUUCAUUUGAUAUUUUUAUGACAUUCGGUCAGUAUUAAUUACCUAUGUUAAAUUAUUUGUUAAUAGAUAAUAAUGGUUUAAGCACUAUUUCCUUUCAUAAACCGACCGUUUCUCAAUAAAUAAUUUCAUUUUAAUUAACCAGCC